GACGUCACGGACAGCGCCAGUCAUUCUCUCUCUCUCUAUUCUACAGCUUUGCUCUGAGCCCUUUUUUUUUACCAUGAAAGCCAUUUUUUCGAUUUGGGGUUUUCAAUGAAUAGAUCUUGAUAGCAAGUCGGCCAAUUAUCGUCUUUCUACUUCUCCUGCUGUCGUUUGAGCGCUAUAUGCGCGGCCGCCUCUGCUAAAAGCAAGAAGAGGAGGCAGAGAGGGGAGGAGGGAGGGAAAUAGGGAGGUGAGAGUGCUUUCUUGCCCCCCAACAUGAGGAUGUCCUCGAGGGCUUCGGGCAUCCCCAGAGGCAGGCAGAUCCAGAAGACCUUCAACAAUAUCAAGAUCACCAUCCUCUGCGGCUUCGUCACUAUUCUUGUUCUGAGGGGCACCAUCGGUGUCGGCAAUCUCGGCGGCGGCGGCGACGCCGACAACAAUCAGCAGCUGAUCGAGGAAACGAAUAGGAUUCUGGAAGAGAUCAGAUCUGAUCACGACCCGGACGACGACGUUGAAGUCAGGGCUGCUACUCGUGGUGGUGAUGGUGGUGGUGGCACUGAUGCCGCCGGUGGGGACAGCGGCGAGAAUGCGCUCGGCAAGGCAAGUGAAGCGACAGCAGGACUCGUCAACGUGACCUACACUCUGGGCCCUAAGAUCACCGAUUGGGAUGAGCAGAGGAAACUCUGGCUUGCUCAGAAUCCAGAAUUCCCCAGUUACAUAGAUGGUAAGCCUCGGAUCCUCCUUGUGACCGGCUCCCAGCCGAACCCUUGCGAUAACGCCAUCGGCGACCACUACCUGCUCAAGGCUAUUAAGAACAAGAUCGACUACUGCCGCCUCCACCGGAUCGAGAUCGUCUACAACAUGGCUCAUCUGGACAAAGAGCUCGCCGGCUACUGGGCUAAGCUUCCGUUGAUCAGACGGCUGAUGCUCUCACAUCCAGAGAUCGAAUGGAUCUGGUGGAUGGAUAGCGAUGCCCUCUUCACCGAUAUGGUCUUCGAGAUUCCGAUGCACAAGUACAAGGACUACAAUUUCGUCCUCCAUGGCUACGAGGAUCUCCUCUUCAACCAAAAAUCGUGGAUUGCUCUCAACACGGGCAGCUUCCUCUUCAGGAACUGCCAAUGGUCGCUAGACCUGUUGGAUGCCUGGGCACCCAUGGGACCUAAAGGCCCUAUUCGAGACGAAGCAGGGAAAAUACUCACGGCGAACCUUAAGGGCCGGCCUGCAUUCGAGGCCGACGAUCAGUCCGCGCUCAUCUACUUGCUAAUCACUCAGCAGGAGCAGUGGAUGAAUAAGGUCUUCAUUGAGAAUUCUUACUUUCUCCAUGGGUACUGGGCUGGCUUGGUCGAUCGGUAUGAAGAGAUGCAAGAGAAGUACCAUCCUGGCUUGGGGGAUGAUAGGUGGCCUUUCGUCACCCACUUUGUUGGAUGCAAACCUUGCGGGAGCUAUGGUGAUUAUCCAAUGGAGAGAUGCUUGAGCAGCAUGGAGAGGGCCUUCAAUUUCGCAGACAACCAGAUUCUUCAGAUUUACGGUUUCACUCAUAAGAGUCUCAAAACUCCCAAGAUCAAGAGGACAAGAAACGAGUCGUCUUCACCUUUGGAAGAAGAAGACAAGCUUCACCUUCGACAUCCUGCAUUUGUUUCCGGAUCACAGAACCAAUGAGUUAAAAGCGAUACUUGACCUUGUUGUCUCAGGGGUAUAGAAGAAUUCCUCUCAUGCCAAGCUUUUUUUUUUUAAAUUUUUGGUCUUUUAAUUUUAGGUCCUGCUUAUUUAAGUGUCUGGUAAUUGAUCCAUCAAUUUCAUGGUACGGGAUUUUUUGGUUAGUUCAUGUCCACACAACAGUAUCUUGGAACGAUUAUUUGCUAAUUAUGUUGUAUUAUUGUAUGUUCUUCCCCUUCAGCCAGAAUGUUCAUGAAGAAUUCUCUUCCUUUUGCCAA